CAGGCAUAACAGUUCAUCGUAGGUCUAGCUCCAACAUUCAUGGUUGUAACUUGUGGCUGACCAGAGCGCUGCAAAAUGCGCGAUCACGUUCCGCGCACUUUCCACGCAGGGAGGGUUUAGCAGACCUGCUGAAUUGGAGAGCAGAGGACUACUUUGCCUCUGCUUUUUUUUGUUUUCUAAUUCUAUCAACGACUAUUUGGGAGUUUUUUCGUGGAUGCUUUUUUGGAUCAGGUUAUUACUCUUGUGAGCAAACAGGAAAAGUAGGUAGACCUACACAGGCAUUUUUUUUGUUAUUCACAACGUCUUAAAACCAAGUUCACAAUGAUGUCGCCUGUCGCGGAGUAGACGAGCGGUAAUUAUAUCAUUUAGGAUGCUACUAGAAAAGUUCUAUCAAAUACGCCAGCCUGUGGAAGUGUGGUUAGGAUAUGUGUGAAUAGGCCUACAGAACACUAGAAAAGACAAUGAUCGGUUUUCUAAAUAUUUCUAUCGGCAAUAACGACUCAGUGGGUGUUUCAUUUUCGGUGGACUUGAUCGUUAUUCCUGGAUGGAUUACAUUAUUGUUUGCAUAGCCUACGUCUACAAUGACACUGUCAAGUCAAUAUAGUCUUAGGCAAUUUCUGGACGAAAUACUAUACAGUUCUGUCAUAUGUAGGUACCUACCAUAGAGAACGUGUGAGUGGGGACCGGCCGGUGGACGGACUGGGUCAUGUGGAGGUGCAUGGGGACGCCGCGCUACUGCCCUCGGAAUGGCGCAGCGCUGUGCGCGGCUGCUGCCCUUCUUUUUGUUGCUCCUGGGAUAUGCCAUGGCGGGUCUCAGCAUCUGGCCAUCGCUCCACAUUGCCCUGAGCAACGCCAGCGUGUUUGUUGACUUCAUCACGGCGUGCAACAGCAGCUCUGUCUGCAACACCACCCUCUCCCUGGUCGACACGGAAACCAACUCUACCCUGCUGACCAGAACCCUCCCAGGGGACCAAUCAGUGGGCAGAGUGGAGUUCAACUGCUCCUAUUUCCUGUACGCCGGCAUAUUCCGCUUCCAUCUGAAGCAGACAGCCAAAGCAGUCCAUUCCCAUGGUUCAGAAAGCACCCAUAGCACCUCCUGGUGGUGCAGCUCUGAACUGCAUGUGCAGUGGCCUACCUUCCACAUCGGCAUAGAACGGCUUGCAAACCACUCUGGAUCCUUCCAGGUGGGGAUAUCCACCAAUGAACACUUCCAGGGAUGCUCAGGUGACCACAGCGCCGCCCUCUCCCUCGAGGUCAGCUACAUGGAGUACAACCAGAUUGGGCGAAACAGCAUUGACAAGGUCCGUGUGCGGACCUACCACCCAAUCAGAGCGCUGCGCUCCCAGAGUGUGGAGCUGCCCUGCGCGUUCCCCUUCACGGAGAAGGACUUUGUGCGCGUGGCUCUGCGCUCGCCCCACACCAGCCAGGAGGUGAAGAGCUCCGGUCCGCUCUACCUUUCCCGGAUCUUCUCCUACAAGCUGCAGGUGGAUGACGCCAGCAUCUACCGCACCGGCUGCGACGGGACCAUGACCGUGAGGCUCCUCGCCCCCCCAUGUGCCGCCGUCAACGGGAAGGUGCAGCUGUACCGGUACGCUGCUGCUGCUGCUGGGCCUGGAGGUGGAGAGGUUGGUGGAGGUGGUGGUGGUUCUGGUGGCUCCACCAUGGCCGGUUCCCCCGGGUUGGUUCCGUCACUCAGGACACCCCUGCUGGGGUUUGGACCGCAGGACGAGCCCUUUGCCCCAACGGCACUGCUGGCCUUCAACUGGCUGACCCACGGGGAGAACCAAACAGAGUUUAACUGCUCCGUGUUUCAGCCCGGGAAGAACAAAUACUGCUUCCGUUUUGUCUUCAACUACAGCCGUUUGCCCAGCCCAGCACAGACCUGUCUGGUGGUCCACAGAAGUGUAGAGUCCUGGGGGCCGUGGGAGCCUUGGAGUCCCUGCAGUGUGAGCUGUGGAGAAGGACUCAGGGAGCGUGUCCGCCAGUGCCUGUCGCUGCAGGGCGUAGUGGGGGUACGGUGCCCGGGCAUGGGCACGGAGCAGUCCCCCUGCUCCCUGGAGGACUGCAUGGUGACGGCCGCCCCCUCUCCUUCCCCGCCUGGGGUGCCCGCGGGAGCCACAGUCCUGGGCGGGAACCUGAUGGUGGUGACCGGCAUCUCCCUCUGCCUGGCUGUCAUCCUGGCCACUCUCCUCUUCACGGCCUGGAGGAAGCUGUGCCGGGCCCCUCCCUGCAGCUCUGUGCGCCAAGGGUCCAUGCACUCCACCGGGGGGGGACGCAAGCUCUCUGACGAGGCGUCCAUCUUCGGGAACAGCCUCCAGAGACCCACCCUGAUGGAGCCGCCGGGGCUACAGGGGAUGGGCUCAGCAGGCCAGAGACAGACACCUCUGCUGGGCAGCCAGUCUCUGUCGCUGCCCCUGGUCCUCGCUCUUCCUCCAGACCCAGACAGGCUGUCUCCCUCUGGACAGAAAAUGGUGCCCCCUGUGUUCGGCUACCGGCUGGCCCAGCAGCAGCUGAAGGAAAUGAAGAAACAGGGUCUGACGGAGGCCACCCAGGUCUACCACGUCUCCUCCAGCCCGGUGGACGACAACAUGCUAAGCACCACCGCCUCGCCCACCGCCACCCUGACUUCCACCCCGACAGGGCUCCACCUGCCUCCGCCUCCUCUUCCACCACCCGCCAGCCCGGGCAUUCAGGAACAUCACUACCAGCACCAAGCUGCCGAGCGGAGACUCAGUCCCAGGGAGGAGCUCCGUCUGGGGCCUCCUCUCCCUGGAUAUGGAGGAGGAGGAGGAGGAGGGACUUCCAGGAGACAAGAGCGCACCGCCGACUGGGUGGAGAUGGUGGAGAGGAGCGGGAUGGGCAGGGGAGGAGGCGUGGAAGCGGGGAACUCCUCCUCCCCGGUCAACCCUCAUUUCCGCAGGACGUGUAGUUUUACGGACGCCAAACCGCAGCCUGCAGCGUUGGCAGGCUCAAGGGCCUUCAGGGAGCGAAGCAUGACCCAGGUGGCCUCCAGGACCCUUCCAGAAGGAAGCUGUAGGGCCAGAGGCAUCCGCGAGGGCCAGCCGUACCCAGCCUUCCCUUCCUAUCCAAUCCCAGAGCUUGGGCCGUUCGACUGGGGACCCUCCACCCCAAAGAGGACCUGGCUGGAGGCCGCUGCUCCUGGUCUCAGCCUCUCUCCACAGCCGUUAGGGACCCGCCCACAAGACAGGCACAAUACAGCUCUGCUCAAUGGCACUGUGGAAAGAGACAGGCUUGAAACGGUGGGGUGUGGGCCUCUGAGCAGGGGUGGUCCCCCGCAACGAGGAUGCCCCCGCAACGGAGUCCUUUGUCCCCCUUGGAGUGCCAACCAGCUGGCCCUGGAGAGGGCAGAGCGGGCGGAGCAAUGCUGGUCCCGACGCGGUCCCUCGCCCAUCCAGAGGAACAUCCUGGCCCGCAGGCUCAAAGAGGCUCAGGCCUGCUCUGGGGCCCCAGGGGGCCCUGGUGGGAGGCAGCGCAGCGCCACCUUCAGCGCCUCAACAGAGGAGCAGAGGAAAGGCCGCUGCCACUCUCUACCCAUCUCUGGCUCCCCCUACAGGCUGAGUGAUGCAGAGCAGAGGAUGAUGGACCUUGAUCUGCCCUCCACUUGAAGACUAAACAUCACCAUGAAGAGCUUUUUACCCUUUUACUUCUAAUUAUGUACAAAUAAAAUUAUUUUUUACUCAUUUCCCGUUUAAAUGUAACCUUAACUGACUUGUGACUUCUGGCACCAAAUGCAAGGAGGUGGGUCUGGCAUUACAACCAAAGCCUGCUUUAUUUAGAAAUUAAGAAGGCGGUAUUCCCAUUCAAACCCUAAAUGCUCCAAUUAAAAUCACAGCUUUAAUGUGCCACCUUAUAAUAUAAUAGAAGAGGAGGAGAGAAGGAAGGAGAUGAUAACUUGUCAUACCUAUGCAGGAAAAAACCUUUAGACUGAAUACUUUUCGGAAAAGUUACACAUUACAUCAGUAAUUACUUCUUAGCGUAAGGUAAUGGAUUGCAUUUUGUCUUUGUCAACUUUGUGAGUUUCAAUUCCCUCCAUCUGGCUUUUAAGAAUGAGCUUUUCUGAAGAGUAGCAGAAGACAUUGAAGCAUUACCUUUCAGACUUAUUUUUCAAAUUAAUGGAUUACAGUUUAGGAUUACUUUUCUUUAUUUGUCCUUUACCACAUGCUUUUGUUUUGUUUCUUUGCUACCCCUUUUGUUACGUUAGGGGCCAGUGUAAAUGGGAGUUCGCAUAGUCUCUAGUGCCUGCGGUCUAAUCCGCACUGAGUUUAAUCCGCUCCACUUCACCUUUUUUUUCUCCCCUCAUUAAUUAAUCGACCAGGUUUGUUUAAGUGUCAUCAAUUCUCGGGAGGAUAUGCUCUUUGACUAAAUGUCAGCAGGUUAUGUGAUCAAUUCCCGAUACAUACUCCCGAUACGAUACAUAAAGGGAGAAACGAGAGAAAAACAGGAAAAGUUGCAAAGGGAAAACAGUAAGAAUAUAAUCCAUUAAUUUCCCACCCAAUUAGGAUACUUUUAAUCACGUUAGGCUGGAGAAAUUAGCAUUGGACGGGUAGGCCUACAUACAAUUUGGGCUUGUUUUGAAAAAAACUGGCAGGAUUAUUCUAAUCAAUUCAAUCAAUACCAAUAGACGUGAGAUGGACGUUUCGAUUUGACCACAUAACGUAGUAUUUGGGUGGGAGAUGGGCACCUGUCCUAUAGUAGGGCGAAGGAGGGCCACCAGACCACUCAAAUCUGCGCCGGUUGUAAGGCAUGAUGUAGGCAUGGGCUGAUAACCACCGUAUAUUCCACGUUCACAUAACGCAAUGACCACACAGUGGCUUCGACGGAUUCGUGAACCUAUCUAUGGAUCUUCGUCGGGUUUACGCGUCGCUAUGCAUGUCCGUGGUAAAGAGAGAACAAAUAGUUCUUUGUCUGUGCAUGCUAUUACUUUACAAUUGGUCUACUACUAGAAGUUUUGAUUAUCAUAUGGUCUGGAUUCUAGCAACUUGAAAGCUGAAUAAGACUCAAACAAUGUGCAAAGUAAAAAAAAGUACAUGUUUUACCUUUGAUUUUUUACAUAGAAAGCGUAUUGCCGAACAUGAU